AUGACUCAAUCCGUGAGAUCGCCAUUGCCUCACGAUCACCUCAAACCGUUUCCUCCGCCUGCUGCAUCGCAGACUACCGCCGAGCCAUUGGACAAUGCCCAAGCCGAGGUCAAUCACAAUGGGGACCUCGACACAACGCCCGAACCCAAUGACGUCCCACCCCUCCCCGCUGUUGUCGCCCGAAUUCACGCGCGGGUGAAAGCCUUUUUAAAUGAGACACACCCCGAGGACUCUUUGCUCGCCUCCGUCCAGCGCCAAACCCGCAUCUCACUGGGCGUGGUGUCAAGCGCACUCAAGCGUUAUAAACUCUCCGAGCUCUCCGUUUCCUACAAUGGAGGCAAGGAUUGUCUAGUACUGCUCAUUCUGUUUUUGGCCGGCCUGCACCCCGAGAAUAAUCCCGAUGUCCACAAUACCGAGACAGAAGCCCAAAUAGCCGCUGCGACGUUUAUCCCAUCCAUCUACGCUCUACCACCGGAUCCCUUCGACGCUGUCGAAGACUUCGUUGUCACUUCCGCCAAAGCAUACCAUCUCGCCAUCACAAAGUAUACAACAUUGCCACCCGCUUCAACGCUCCGCUCCAGCUUUGAAGAUUACUUGGCGCGACACCCCGGUAUUCGGGCGAUCUUUGUCGGCACUCGGCGGACAGAUCCGCACGGGGCGCAACUGACUCACUUCGACAGAACAGAUGGUGGCUGGCCCGACUUCGUGCGGGUGCACCCGGUGAUUGAUUGGCAUUAUGCGGAGAUUUGGGCAUUUAUCCGCCAUCUGGAUUUGAGGUACUGUUCCCUAUAUGACCAGGGAUAUACAAGCCUGGGAGGAACAUCCGAUACGCACCCCAACCCCAAAUUACAGAGUGAUGGGGAUUACCUCCCUGCAUACCAGCUCACGGAAGAUGUGGAAGAACGGCUGGGGCGGAAUUGA